UAUCUUUUACUGAGGGAUUGAAUUUAGGAGGAACCUGAUCAAGUGGAACGAACUUAAUUGCACACAGACGGCAACUCGCCUGCUGCUUCUGCCGGAGGAAAAAACGAAGAGGUGAAGAAAAUACUGCAGCAAGAUGAUGCAGAUGUUUUUCUAUUUCUCGGACAAAGUGGUCCUUCUUUUUGACUUCUGGAAAACACACACCCCAGCAGGGAUGGUGCUCUCAGUACUGGUGAUCAUGCUGCUUGCAGUGUUGUACGAAUUCAUAAAGGUUGGCAAGGCGAAAGUGCUGCAGUACACAAUGCCAUCCAUUGCCUCCAGCAUCAGCCAGGAGACCUUGAGAGAGCCAGAAAGGGCAUCUAUUAACACGGGCCUGGAACAGCUAAGCAGCACCCCAAAGAAUUGGUUUUCGUGGCAUGUCGUCCAGACCCUGCUCCAUGUGGUCCAAGUAGUCCUCGGUUACCUGGUGAUGCUGGCUGUGAUGUCUUACAACGUGUGGAUCUUCCUGGGAGUGAUUGCAGGCUCUGCCAUUGGCUACUACAUAGCAUACCCGCUGCUCAGUCCCAGAUAGCAGCGCUGGCAUCAGCACAGGAAGAUGGUUUAAGAGUGCUGAUUAACUGGAGACUCCUACAUUGGGAAAGGAUCUGUGGUGCUUGGAUACUGAACUGGGUAAACAGGAGUCACCCUGUUGUAGUUCCAAGAUACUUUCCCCUGCUCCCCAAUAUUUCUCCCAUCCUCUGACCUCCACAGGCAGGGCAUUUUUAAACCUUCUACCUUUUUGUUCUUUCACUGGAAUUUAUUUGUAAGUGCCUUUACUACGUGCCUUGGAACAAAUGCUCAAUAGCUAGAACUGAGAUGUUUUGCUUUCUACCCUCAGGAUAUGUAACCACUCGUCAGCUGGGCCUUGCACUGUCCACUCUGACUGGCAGCAACUCUUGAAAGUGAGGUGGGCGGGGCAACUUUACCAACCAGCUGCCCAGAGUUGCUGGGGAGACUCAGCCAGAUGGGCGGGGUAUAAAUAAUAAAUUACUAUUAUUAUUAUAAAACACUGCUAUGCUCUGUCCUCUGAGGGGAUGGAAGCCAUGCCAACUUCAUUCAAAGCACAUGCCCUGCUAUUCGGUUGCAUUCUCUUGGGGGCUUUUUAGUGUAGGGGGGCAAUGGUGGAGAUAUGUAAAAUUAUACAUAAUGGGAGGAAAGGGGAUUAGAAAAAGUGUUCCCCCCACUUCUCAUAAACCUAGAACUGGGGCCAUCCAAUAACUCAGAAGGGUGGGAGACUCUAGCAUUCAGGAGGGAAGUGCUUCUUCACACAGCACAUAAGUCAGCAAGCUAUGGUAUGCAUUACUGCUACAGCCACCAAAGUGGGCAGCAAUAAAGGGCAGCUGGGCAAAUUCACAAGAGGAUAAUGUUUCAGGUGGCUGCCACUUCUGAUGACUAGGUCCUACCCCUCCAACACCCCUCUGAAUCCCAGUUGCUGAGGAUUGUUAAUGGGAGAGAGCCAUGGGAUUCCCAUAGCCAACUGGUUGCCCACUGCCACAGCCACAGGCAAUUUGCUUCUGAAUCCCAGUUGCUGGAAACCACAGGAGGGGAGAGGGCUCUGGUGUUCGGGUUCUGCUUAAGGGCUUCCAAUGGAAGUGUCUGGUUGGCCACGGUCAGAACAGGAUACCAGAGUAUUUGGGCCAUUGGUCUGACCCAGCUGCUCUUAUUUUGUCCAGACUAUAUGUAAAGCCUUUGGUUUUGACCAAUAGAGCUCUUACAUUCUUUUAUUUUCUGGGGUGGGGGUAUUGGAUUCAGGGCACAAAAGGGAAGACUCUGCAUAAUUAACAUAAGGGACUCAGCACCACAUGGUGAGGCUGUAAAGAGGGGGGAAUCAAAUGUUAGCCUCACUAAUGCAUUGCGGGACUGGGUCUGGUCAAUGCUUGGGGGACAGGGAGCUAGCUGCCUUAUACAUAGUCAGGCCAUAGUAACAGUACUUUAUUCUGCUUUGGUCAGACCACACCUGGAAUACUGUGUUGGGAGGAAAAUGUACACAGGGUGUUUAGCAAGGAUAGCCUAUGUGGUGCCUUCUGGAUAUUGUCAACAUGACCCCCGUCAACAUGAUCAGUGAUCAGAGAUUGUGGGCGCUGUUGUCCAACACAACUAGAGGGAGCCAUUAUGGCUCCAGCUGCUGAACUAAGGAAAAACGUUUGUGCGGCAUUUUGCUUUAACUUGGAGGCACCCCCUAAAUUAAAAAUGAAUGUGCUAUGAAAUAUGAAUGUCAAAUAAAAUAUUUUACUUAACACAUC